AUGGACGCAUGCUCACAAGAAUUGGUGCAUACGAUCAACGACGCGAUGAGCAACGUGGACGACGUGACUUGGCUGUUUACAUCAGAGGUCGAACAGCAACGAACCACUCCAGACAUGGAGAUGGGAUUUCACCCGCACGGAAGACUUCUGGACGACGAAAUUCUGGUCAGCUGCGUCUGCAGCGAACCUCCCGGCUCAUAUUGCGUCUGCCCUCCCAGUUCUUCGGUAUUUGGUUACAAUCCCGAGGACCUCGAGCAAUUACCCGUGCAGGGAAUCCACGGGGAUCCCAAUGAUUUUGUAUUCACUGUGACGGCACCACAGGACCAGAAAGACACGAAGCCCCCAGUCUCGACCAGAAAAGAGCGUCGAAGGCAGCAGAACCGUGCAGCGCAGUUCCGACAUCGAGAAAAGCGCAACCGAUUUCUCCGCGAGACACUUCGCAGUAUUGAGGCUUUGAAUGAGGAACUGAGGCAGACAAGGGCCCAGCGCGACUAUUUCAGACUCAUGUAUGAAGGGCUCGAGACGCAGAUGUUGGGGAUUAAAAGUCAGUCCAACUCCAGGCUCCCAAGUGAUUCUCCUUUUCCGAAUUGA